AUGGACAACACAGAGAAGGGCAAGCUUCAUCAGGAAAAUCCUUUCAGAGCUAAACUGCCUCUGUUCCCCUCCAGAAAGCUGACAGGAGAUACUCUCCAGGAUACCCAUCAAAGACAGGUCUGCAAGCAAGAGCUGGAGACAGAAAGUGUGGUGGCAGCAUCUUUUGGAAAGAGACAGGGAAUGAUAACUUCUUGUGGGAUGGAGGUCUGGGGGUGCGAGGAGAGUGGUAGAGCGCACAUCAGCAAGGUUAUCCUUGCUGUGGAUGAGCCAGAUCCACCAAUGUGUGGGAACAGUGCCAUUUGGAUUCAGCAGGUGGGAGAGAAAACUUACCAGUGUCCUGAGUGUGGGAAGUGCUUCAGCCGGAGCUCAUACCUAAGCCAGCACCAGAGGAUCCACCUGGCGGAGAAACCCUUCAGCUGCUCAGAAUGUGGGAAGAGCUUCACCCGCAACUCAGACCUAAUCAAACACCAGCGAAUCCACACCGGUGAGAAGCCCUACCAAUGCAAUGAGUGUGAGAAGACCUUCAGUCAGAGAUCCAACGUGAUCAGGCACCAGCGGACCCACACGGGAGAGAGACACUACCAGUGCAAUGAAUGCGGGAAGAGCUUCAGUCAGAACUCACAUCUCAUUGUUCACCAGCGAAGCCACAAGGGUGAGAAACCCUUUAAUUGCCCCCGGUGUGAGAAAAGCUUCAGCGACCGCUCCUCCCUGAUCAUACACCGCAGGGUCCACACUGGAGAGAAGCCCCACAAGUGCCAGGAGUGUGGUAAGCGUUUUCGGGACAGCUCAGCCAUUAUUCGGCAUCAGAGGAUCCAUACAGGAGAGAAACCAUAUGAGUGCACCGAGUGCGGGAAAACCUUCCGGCAGAGCUCCUCGCUGGUGACCCACAUGCGAACGCACACGGGCGAGAAGCCCUACAAGUGCCCCGUCUGCGGGAAGGGCUUUAGCCAGAGCUCAGCACUCACCACUCACCGCCGGAUCCAUGGGGGGAAGGCCUUGCCCAUCUACCACAGCAGCCUCCUGCCAAACCCCUACCAGUGUGCCGAGUGCGGCCGGAGGUGCAGCGACCGCUCCGCUCUGGCCAAGCACCAGACCACGCAUGCCGAGGAACGGCCCUACAUCUGCGUGGAGUGCGGGGACAGCUUCCGUCGGAGCUCAGCUCUCGACGUGCACCUGAGGAUCCACCGCGGGGAGAGACCUUACAAGUGCGAGGCGUGCGGGAAAACAUUCAGGCACAGCUCGGCCCUCGGUGCCCACCUGAGGAUCCACGCAGGAGACAAGCCCUAUGAGUGUGGUGAGUGUGGGAAAAGCUUCCGGAAAAGCUCAACGCUUAAAGUGCAUUUGAAAAUCCACGUGGCCAAGAAACCUUACAAAUGUGCGGUGGGUAGGAGGAUGCUCGCUUCCCGCUCGCUUCUGCCGUAG